GGCCAUUAGCUCACGGUCUGGCAUGUGGCCAGACCGAGCCUUUUCUUUUUUAUCGGCUUUCUGGUAAGGAUGUCCUAAAUCGGCCUGAGUUGUUUAUCUACGUAGUGUUUUGCAUUUGCUUGACAGGCCUGCCAUGCUUUUUGUGUGUGUUAUUUAAUAUAGACAAGUGUAUCGCCCGACUUGCUUUACUCCUCUUUCUUUCCUUCUAGAAAACCUUCCCCGGAAUUAAUAUACUCUUGAUCACUUCUCUACGAAGAAUUUAAUCUCAUCAAAAAGCUUCACAUCUCUCAUCCAUUUCAACCAAUCUCAUCACUCGGUCUACGCCGGAUUAUCAUUCGACCCACGUGGAGAAAGCGAAACGUUGUGUAUAUUAUCACAGGUCGAUCAUUCACUCGCCUCACCCGUACAUCAAACGUGACCCAACCAAUCACGACCCGCCUCUUUUCCCCGUCAGGUAGAAAUUCACCAUGUCCACCAAAACUCAAUCUCGCGGAUCUUCACCCAGCAUGUCUUCGCGACCCAAACUCAUGAGAGCACACGCCACGGCCCCUUCCCUCGUCACCGGUAACGCUUCGCGUAAGGAUCUCGCUACGCUGCAUGCUUCUACUAAAGCUGCGUCGAUUCUCACGAGGGUGGCGAGCUACUCGGCUCAACAGGAUCACAUGAAUGGAGGGGGCUCGAGGAGAGAUAGCGGCAGUGCGUAUUCGACGCCUGGAAAUCGCAGUCCCCGAAGUCCGGAGAGCGGGAGCGGAUUGGCGAGGAGCUCAGCGGGCUACUUUAGUUUUCCCUCGUUUGAAGAUUUCCAAGGAUACCAAGAACCGAACGAGAGGAUGGAGCGAAAGAGCGUCUCAUGAGACACUUUUUUAGAAAUCGUUCUGUUUGAAUUGGAGGGAUGAAAAAAAAAGAGGAGGAAAAAUAAAGUACAUAGGGGAACGAAAACAAUUGUUCUUCAUCAUCGUCAUAGUAAUAGGUUCUUGGGCUGGUUCUUGGGACGGACAGGUUUCGAUAUUCGGAUAUUCUUUGAUACCUUUUUCCGUGCAUCACAUGGAUGGAAUGAAAAUUUGGACGGACGGACGGGAUAAGUGUUCAGGGCGUCCAGAACACGGGACUGGUGGUAAUUUAGUAAAAAAGUAUGGGUUGGUUCGAUUUCAUUCGAUCACGAAUCUGGAGGGUCGUUGUCUCGGCGGAUCGGGGCUGAGCUUCUAAGUUCUCGUCUCGGAUUUCUGACGGAUGAGUGAUUGCUGUCGAUCGGAAUGGUAUGGCAUGCCAUUGAGAAUUGGGGAUGUGAUCCCGCUGGGGUAAACAGUGCUCCGUAUAUAUGGGUUUAACGUUUGAUUCGGUGUACAUUGGGAAUCUGUAUUUAUGGCUGGCAUUCCUUCCUUCCUUACUUUAUAUACCCUUUCAUAUAUCGUUGGUUUUGGGCGUUGGUAUUUAUUUAAUAGAAAUACCUGCUAUUUAUUUAACAAUCUAAUCAAAUAUCUUUCUUAUUUAUUUA